AUCGUCGGACAGCGCCGGCCCGAGCGGACCGCAAUCGUAGAGCGCGUGCGUGCGUGUGUGCGUGUGUUUGUGUGUGCCGCGCACGACCGAGUGCCCCGUCGCGAGUGUGUGGUGGUGCUUGUGUGUGUGACCAGGAUUUUCUGAGUGCAAUUUGUUUGUUCCCUUGGAAUACUACCCGCCGACCUGCCGCCGGCCACCGCCACCAUGAGGAGGACGCGGCUCUUCUUCAUCUCGGCCGCGUUCCUCGCCGUCCUCAACCUCCAGGGUGCGUCCUCCGACGCUCCACUCCUGGACGCGGCGUCCCUGCCGCUGGAACACAGAGCCGCCUAUGGCCCCCCGGCAGCCCCGGUGUACGGACCUCCACCCCUCGGGGGGCCGGGGCCAGGGGGCAACGCGCUGGGCAACGCGCUGGGCAACGCGCUGGGCCACGGCGGCGACGAGGCCUGGCCCCUCGCCACGCCCGACAUGCCGCAGAUCAAGCACCUGCAGGUGCAGUGCGAGAAGACGCACAUGAGGGUCAACAUCGAGUUCGACAGGCCGUUCUACGGCAUGAUCUUCUCCAAGGGCUUUUACAGUGACCCACACUGCGUGCACCUCAAGCCCGGCACCGGCCACCUCAGCGCCACCUUCGAGAUCUUCCUCAACUCGUGCGGCAUGUCCUCGUCGGGCAACCAGCAGGGCGGCGGCGACUACGGCGGCCACGGCCCCACGCCCUCCGGCUCCUACGUCGAGAACACCAUCAUCGUGCAGUACGACCCCUACGUGCAGGAGGUGUGGGAUCAGGCGCGCAAGCUGCGCUGCACGUGGUACGACUUCUACGAGAAGGCCGUCACCUUCAGGCCCUUCCAGGUCGACAUGCUGCACGCCGUCACCGCCAACUUCCUCGGCGACAACCUCCAGUGCUGGAUGCAGAUCCAGGUCGGCAAGGGUCCCUGGGCCUCCGAAGUGUCCGGCAUCGUCAAGAUCGGCCAGACGAUGACCAUGGUGCUCGCCAUCAAGGACGACGAGAGCAAGUUUGACAUGCUGGUCCGCAACUGCGUGGCCCACGACGGCAAGCGCGCGCCCAUCCAGCUGGUGGACCAGCACGGCUGCGUCGUCAGGCCCAAGAUUAUGAGCCGCUUCCAGAAGAUCAAGAACUUCGGCCCCUCCGCCUCCGUCGUGUCGUUCGCGUACUUCCAGGCCUUCAAGUUCCCCGACUCGAUGAACGUCCACUUCCAGUGCGUCAUCCAGGUGUGCCGAUACAACUGUCCUGAGCCCAAGUGCGGCGGGCACGGCCUGGCCGGCCUCGGCGGCCUCAGCUCUGAGUACGGCGCCCCCGGCAUCGGCGGUCCCUCCAGCGAGUACGGCCCCCCGCCCCCACCCCAGAUCCACGGCGAGUACGGACCCCCGCCCCUCGGCGACCAGUACGGACCGCCCGCGGCCUACCCCGACCCCAGGCACCCCUCAGGGCCCUCCGGCGCGUAUUCGGAGCCCCAGGAGAACAUCGUGCCCGCCCCCCAGGCGCAGCACGGCGCCGCCCCCGAGAACGCCUCCACCGCCUCCGAGAAGUCCUCGCAAGAACAGCAGCAGCCAUCGCAACAGCAGCAGCAACAGCAGACAUCCGCGGCGCCCCCGCAGCCCCAGGCCGUGCCCAGCGCCAGCGGCAGCGGCGCCGACCUCAACAUGCCGCCGCCACCGCUGCCCGGCAGGCAGGGCACCUACACCACCGUCAAGAGGAAAGGAGGCGUGCUGGACGAGCUGGAGUCCAACCUCGCGACGCUGGGCGGCCGGCCGCGCUCCGUCGAGUCCCUGCCCGCCGAGCUGGCCGGCGCCAGGCGGCGAAGGCACGCCGACAGCUUCACGCUCACGCUCGGCACCGCGCCCAGAGUGGCGCGCGUGCGGAGGGAGGCGGGCCAGGAGAUGACGGACGUCAACACGAGCCGCAUCAUCCAGGUCGUGGCCCCCGGCGACGUCAACUUCGCCCUCAACGCGGGUGCCUCCUCCAACGAGACGGUCGUGAUCCAGUCGGCGGCGCAGGGCCUGGGCGCGGACCAGGAGCACAUCUGCAUGUCGGUGCCGUCCUUCGUGGGCGGACUGGUGAUGCUGCUGCUGGUGCUGGUCGUCAGCUGCCUGGUGGCCGCCUUCCUGUUCGUGCGCGUCCGGGCCAUCGACCGCAAGGGCAUCACCACCACCUUCGGCGUGCUGCCGGGCCGCGGCUUCGACAACACCGAGUACGUCAAGGGCAUCAACUAGACGCAGUCGACGCAGUCCAGGUCCGCGCCGC